UGUUCUCAACCCUGAAUAACAACACAACGAUCACCGUGACGAACACUAACCUAAAAAUACGUUGCUAUUACAAUGCUCUAAAUAAUAUAUAUUAUUUACAAGCGUGUUUACAAGUUAUGCAAAUACUUAAUUAUACUAAAAUUAUUAAAAAACAAUGGAAAACCAAAUUUUAACACCAGUUACUCCAACUGUUGAACAAAUAAAUGCUGAUAAAAUAACACAGCUGGCAAAUAAAUAUUGGGCGCCACACACUGCUACAUUUCAUUUACCAUUUGACCCUCAAAUUGUUGACAAUAUUUAUGUUGAUGAAAUAUGUGUAACAAAAUUUUCUAUACGGCGAAUCAUGAUGUUAGAAUUCAGUCAAUAUUUGGAAAAUUAUUUAUGGCCAAAUUAUAUGUCUGAGAAAGCAACAAGAGCUCAUACAAUAUCUAUUGUGGUGAUGGUAAAUGAGAAAUUUCGAGAACGUGUUCAAGUGUGGGAAGCUUUUAAAAAACAUCCAGACCAAUUUCCUGGAUUCUUUCAAAAAGUUCUUGAAGCUUGUCUUGAAGAAAGUACAUUUGAUUAUGAUUUAAAAGAACAAACUGCACUUGUUGUCUUUCUCAAUCAUUGCUUCAAUUCUAUGGAAGUGAGUUUGGUGAGAGAAGAAAUUAAAAGAUUAAUUUCUCUUACUAUGUGGACAUCUUUACAAGAAGGUCGAAGAACUUUUGAAUUCAAGAAACAUCCUAAAUGGAAAAAGUAUUGGGAAAAAAUUUUGAAAAAGGAUAAUCCAAAAUUGAAGGAAAAAUUGGAGUGGGAAAGAAAAUUUUUGCACAAAUUGAUGGUCAAGUUUAUCAAGGUUUUGGAGGAGAUUCCCUUAGAAGGAAAUGUUUUAUCAGACAGAGUUAGAUACUGUGAGCGCUUUUUGGAGCUUAUGAUUGAUCUGGAAGCAUUAUUAUUGACGAGACGAUUUUUUAAUACAGUAAUGGACGAUUGUCAUUUAGUUGUGCGAUGCCAGUUAUCUAAUUUGCUAAGGCGUACUGAAGGCGGAUUGUUUGGUCAGCUUUUGGAAAUGCUGAAAUUCUACGCUAGAUUUGAGAUAAAUGAAGAAACAGGAGAGCCAUUGACAGAUCAUGAUAUGACACAAUUACAUUAUACGAAAAUUACCUCUCUUCAGAAAGUUGUGUUUGCCAAAUUCGAUGAUCUAAGAAAUUUCUCGUUGGCUAAUGUUGCUAGUGUCGACACGAGAGAUGCUUUGUAUAAACAUUUUGGUUUUCUAAGUGAAGAAAAAUUAAGAUUAAUCGCCAGUUAUUUAUACUUGGUACCGCCUGAAGAUCGUAAAAAUAAUGAAAAUUGGUUUCGACUUGAUUUGGAUUUCCUGAAAGAAUUAUUGAUAUCAAGACACGAACGAAGGGCAUCACAAUUGGAAGAGUUAAAUGAAAUGCCUCUAUAUCCGACUGAAGAAAUCAUUUGGAAUGAAAGUAUUGUUCCAACAGAAUACUUUUCUGGAGAAGGAUGUCUUGCAUUACCAAAACUAAAUCUACAAUUUUUAACUUUACACGAUUAUCUGUUGAGAAACUUUAAUUUAUUUCGACUCGAGUCAACUUAUGAAAUCAGACAAGAUAUAGAGGAUGCAAUUAGCAGGUUGAGUCCAUGGCAAGCUGAAGAUGGUGGAGUUUACUUUGGCGGAUGGGCAAGAAUGGCUCAACCAAUAACAGAAUUUGCUGUUGUUGAAGUAGCAAAACCAAAUAUUGGAGAGAAAAGGCCUUCUCGAGUGCGCGCAGAUAUUACUAUUAAUUUGAGUGUCAGAAAAGAGAUAAAAUCAGAAUGGGAAAAUCUUAGGAAACAUGACGUGUGUUUUCUCAUAACGGUCAAACCAAAAAAUCCAAUUGGUACAAAAUAUAGUCAUAAAUUAGCGUUUAUACCACAAGUUGGCUUGACGACAGUACGUGGCUGUGAAGUUGAAGGAAUGUUGGACUCUAAUGGACGAGUGAUAGAAGAUGGCCCAGAACCUAGACCUAUUUUGCCGGGAGAUACGCGAACAUAUAGAGUCUGGCUGGACUCAAAUCAGUAUCGAAUUGAUAUGGACAAUGCCAGUCAUGGGAGCGAAGACGUUUACGAAAGUUUUAAUAUUAUUAUGAGGAGAAAACCUAAAGAAAAUAAUUUUAAAGCAGUAUUGGAGACGAUUCGAGAGCUAAUGAACACGGAAUGUGUUGUUCCUGAUUGGCUUCACAAUAUUAUUUUGGGAUACGGUGAUCCUGCAGCUGCUCAUUAUUCACGAAUGAAAAAUGAAAUAGCAGACAUGGAUUUCAAUGACACGUUCUUGGAUAUCGACCAUCUUCGUUCAAGUUUUCCUGGCUAUGAUAUAAAAUUAUUGAGCGAUGAUUCGAAAAAAUUAAUACGCCCCUUUCGAUUAACAUUUCAAGAUGUUUUGGAUAAACAGAAUGGGAGCUCGCCUGAAAAGAAAGAGAUAAUAGUUGAACCACACAUUCCACCCAGUCGAGGACCUUACAAGGCUAAUGAACCAAAAAAAAAUCAAAUACCAUUUACUCCGACACAAGUGGAAGCGAUUCGAGCUGGAAUGCAACCCGGAUUAACGCUUGUUGUCGGUCCCCCUGGUACAGGUAAAACGGACGUGGCAGUACAAAUUAUAUCUAACCUUUAUCAUAAUUUUCCGAAUCAAAGAACUUUGAUUGUGACCCACUCGAAUCAAGCUCUAAAUCAACUGUUUGAGAAAAUUAUGGCACUUGACAUUGACGAGAGACAUCUUUUACGUCUUGGUCAUGGUGAAGAGGCUUUGGAAACUGAAAAAGACUUCAGUAGAUAUGGUCGAGUAAAUUAUGUUUUAGCAAAACGGAUGAAUCUCCUUGAGGAAGUUCAAAGAUUAAAAGAUUCUUUAAAGGUAAAAGGCGAUGUAGCCUACACAUGCGAAACAGCGGGUCAUUUUUUUAUGUAUCAAGUUUUAACUCGUUGGGAAAGAUUUGAAGCAAGAAUAAAGCAACGAGGUGGCAGUUCAAGUACUCACUCCAUUCAGUUUGUUAACCAAGAAUUUCCUUUUCAUAAAUUUUUCGAUAAUGCACCACAACCACUAUUCAAAUGUCAAUCUUUUGAUGAGGACUAUGAGAUUGCACAAAGCUGUUUCAGAUAUAUUGAGCGAAUUUUCACGCAACUCGAUGAAUUUCGUGCAUUUGAACUUUUACGCUCAGGACUUGAUCGAUCCAAGUAUUUGCUUGUGAAAGAAGCUAAAGUUAUUGCCAUGACUUGUACCCAUGCUGCAUUGAAGAGAAGAGAGCUUGUUGAUAUGGGAUUUACGUACGACAACAUUCUUAUGGAAGAAUCGGCGCAAAUUUUAGAAAUUGAAACUUUUAUCCCUUUGCUUCUGCAAAAUCCACAGGAUGGUUACAAUAGAUUGAAGCGCUGGAUUAUGAUAGGAGAUCAUCAUCAGCUGCCACCUGUGAUAAAAAACAUGGCCUUUCAGAAAUAUUCAAAUAUGGAACAAUCUCUUUUUGCUCGAUUUGUAAGACUGGGAGUGCCAACUGUUGACCUCGACGGUCAAGGUCGUGCGAGACCAAGCAUUUGCAAUCUCUACAAUUGGCGAUACAAGAAACUUGGUAAUUUGACUCAUGUGGAAAGCAGUUCAGAAUAUUUAGUGGCCAAUUCGGGCUUCCUCUAUGAUUUUCAAUUGAUUAACGUUGAAGACUUUAAUGGCGUCGGAGAGAGUGAGCCAAGUGCUUACUUUUAUCAAAAUCUCGCAGAAGCUGAAUAUUGUGUAGCAGUUUUUAUGUAUAUGCGUCUCUUGGGAUAUCCUGCUGAUAAAAUCAGUAUUUUAACCACUUACAAUGGUCAAAAACAUCUUAUCCGCGAUGUCAUCAAUAUAAGAUGCGCGAAUAAUCCCCUGAUUGGUCGACCGAAUAAAGUAACAACUGUCGACAAAUACCAGGGUCAGCAAAAUGACUACAUUAUUUUGUCUUUAGUAAAGACUCGGGCAGUUGGUCAUUUACGAGAUGCAAGGCGUCUGGUCGUUGCAAUGUCUCGAGCACGAUUAGGACUCUAUGUUUUCGCCCGAGCUUCAUUAUUUAAAAAUUGUUUCGAAUUAACGCCAGCGUUUAAUCAGCUCAUGCUUCGACCAAUGAAAUUAGUACUCUUGCCUCAUGAAACUUAUCCUUCCACCAGAUUCAAUACAGAUUCUCCAUCUGUCACUUCUCUGGAGAUUGAAGAUAUGCCGCAUAUGGCCAAAUUUGUAUACAAUUAUUAUAUGGAGAAAGUGAGCACUAUGAAGGGAGUACAUAAAGGAAUAAUGGAAGGCGUAGAGAAUGAGUUUCUUGAAAAAGCAACAAAACGCUAUCAUGAAGACGGACCUCAGCUUGAAAGAGAAUCAUCUGAUGAGGAAGAUGAAACUACAAGUUAAUUACUAUGUAAUAAUAAUGGCUAAGAAAAUAGACUUUUAAAAAAAACACAGGUAUGUUACAUUUUACUACAAACUUUUAUUUUUUUCACUGUGAAAAUCGAUUUAUUAAAUCGAUAAGAAAAUAAAUUUUCUUCAGAAAAGAAUGUGUACAGUAAUAAUUUACUCAAAAAAUUAAUUUCCUAAAUCGCAAAACUACUAUUAUAACAAUAUUAUUGCGAAUAAAAGAAAUUAAUAUUCCCAACUAAACUGCUUUUAGAGACAAUAUUUUUUUUUUUAUUACAAAACUAAAUUCUUUUACGUCUAAAAUGAAAUACUUUUUUCGUAAUAAAUAUAAUUUUAAUCUUUAUGUUGCGUCUUAUUUCACUUUUUUAUUUCUUGCAAUUCUUUUCUACUUUACAAUAUUAUUAUCAGGCCCUUUUUCUCAAAAUAUCACUAGAAUUUACACUUAUCUAAUUUUAUCAUUACCAAUAUAUUGGAGCGUUAUUUAUUUACUUUUUUUCUAUAUAAUAUUAUUCAUACAUGUGUACAUUCACAAAAUGAAGUACAAAAGAAAAUGCUUAAAUCAUUCAAGACAUACUAUAAUAAAGCAUUUGCACGUGUAAACACACUCUCACACUAUGCAUAAAAGGCACAUUACAAUUGAAAAUAACGCGUAUAAUAAAAAUAAAAUAAAACAAAAUGCAUUGACCUAUCUAAAAAAAAAAAAAAAAAAAAAAAAAAAAAAUUGGUAAUUUGGUGAA